GCAACCAUGGCGGGUCAAGAGGAUCCGGUGCAGCGGGAGAUUCACCAGGACUGGGCGAACCGAGAAUACAUUGAGGUCAUCACCAGCACCAUCAAGAAAAUCGCGGACUUUCUCAACUCAUUCGAUAUGUCUUGUCGUUCAAGACUUGCAACACUAAACGAGAAAUUGACAGCCCUCGAACGGAGAAUAGAGUACAUUGAAGCACAGGUGACAAAAGGUGAGGCCCUCACCUAGAGCUACGCCAUGCUGCUGCUGGGAAGUUGCUUCAUGGAACACAGGCCGACGUGGGAAA